UAAUAAUUUAAUUAAUUGAUUAAGAAAGAAGUUUAAAAAAGGAAUUUGUUCGAUAUGAAGGUGAGAGUCCCCAGAGAAAUUCGAACAAUAUGGAUAUUUUUCGUGUUAAUGUUAAAAUCGUCGAUUGGCGUGGAGAAAUAUUGGCUCCCAAAUUUGGAAUGGGAGACGGCUGAAAAUUGGAUUGGAGGACGUAUACCGGAAUUAGAUAGUUAUGUGACGUUUCCUUUGGACAUGAGACACGCUGUGGGAAUUGGGAAAUCCGAGAAUCUGAGACUUUCUGGAAUUGAUCUGGCCAGAACUGGAUCGUUGGUCCUACCUAGAAACGGAAGAUUACAGUUAACCGAGCCGGGAAAAUCGCCGAAGAAAAUCAGUCAGUGGUCAAGAUCUGGUCACUUGUUUUGGGCUGAUCCAGAAAAUUGGAACGGGAGCUCGGAAGCAGCGCCUCACCUCGAGCAGGUGCCGUGCCGCCAGGACACCGUAGUUCUGCCGGAGAAAACGCGAAUCUUCAGUGUUCUUUUGCCGAUGAAGAGCAUCGAAGUGAAAUCGGUUCGAACGAUCGAUGAAAAGUAUCCAUACAGCGGCUGGCAAUGGGCAGAUUUGGAGACUGGAAGGGAGUUCGAGAAGGGUAUAUCCACCGUGAGAUACGCGGAAUACAAUUGCGGAAAGUGUUCCUGCCAGGACGAUCCGAACGGUUACUACCUCGAAGAAAUUUGCGCCAUUCAAAGACCAAAGUGUGGAUACCCCACCUGCGAGUAUCCAUUGUGGGUGGAAGGGCAUUGCUGCAGAUAUUGCGGUGGUCGUUUGUCUUUAACGGACAAGACGUCUUUAUCGUUGGUCCAGGCUGCCGCAGACGAAGCUCUGGAAAGGCGCGCGGAGAAGCUUGUUUGGCACGUGAGACGUACUUGGAACGGAGGUGUCGAGGUUCUGAUAAAGAAAAAGGGCGAUUACUCGGAAAUCGAUAUUCUCGAGGGGUUGGAAGAUGUGAAGAGAACCCUUUCGAAUAUGAAAAUUGAGGUUUUUGCUGCGGAAGUAACCGGUGCCGCUUUGCGAAAUAAUGGCGUAACUGUCGCACUGGCUUCGUUGUUCGUUACACCAUUGAUCCUUCUUGCGCUUUUAUUCAUCGUCUUCUUAUACUUUGGCUAUUCCUACAGACAAAUUCUGAUGGGGUGCACACAAAUAUUUUCCUCGAUAAGGGAUGGAGUUCACGUGGACAAGAAACAGGCUGGCAAACCAUUCGGUUUCGCCCGUUUUGAAAAUAUUUCAGAGGGUAACGUCCAAAUAGCAGAGGUCGCUAGUGGCCGUGAAUCAAAUCUCGAGAGCAAAGAAACGGAUAAAAAAGAUUCAUCUUCAGGAGGAAGAUUCGAGAAUCCUUUGUACAGAUCGAAAAGAAAAGGCCGUAAGGAGGAAGGGGAGGUUUUGGACAUGGAAAAACCCCUGAGUUUGACAACCCUUAAGGAUAGAGUGGAGGAGGAUCAGAUCGAGGAAGUGGAUCUUGAUCAAUGAACUAAUGGGAUUCCUCGUACAAUUCUUAGUAUUUUAGUUACGCUUUUUUUCUUUUCUAUUAAAAUUUAACGAAUUUAUUGAACAUAAACAUAGAAGGCGUAGAAUUUUGAAGUUUUAAAAAUAAAUGUGAAAUAUAGAU